AGAACACACAAUCAUUUUCUUGUUCUUGUAGCAUGAAGUCCAUCAAUAUAGCUUUGCCAGUCAGUCUAAAGACUUUCAUAAGUUAGUUUUUUUAAGAACAACCUCCUCUUGUUAUUUCCUGUUUACUUAUAAGUGGUGGAAUGGCUUCUGCUUCGAGCACCAGUGCAAGAUCUCUGUUUGCUGAGUCAAAAUCUCGUUUAGCUGCCAAAAUUGAAAUAAAUUUGUGCAAUAUAGCCUCUGUUUCUAGACAUAUUCUAAAAGGUUCAAGAUCAAGUGAUAUUUUGAUGGGCUCUGCAAAAUCAUUUGCUGCAAUGGAUGGUUCAAUUGACGCAAUAGAAUCAAAUCUGCACAAGCUGCAAGGUAUUGAAUCUAACCUGAGAAAUCAACAUCAAGCCAUUGAAAAUUCUCUCCAUUACGUUGAAGAGGUCAAGGAACAAGUGAGAGCGAUGCAACGGUGAAACCAAGUCACUUAUGUUUUUUGUCACUUAGAAUUGUUAUAAAUUAUGGGAAUUUAAAAAGGUCUACUAUUAUGUUGCAAUUACUGGUUCGUUAAUUCUAUUUAUUGUUUGUUCGUUUGUAAAAUAUUAUUAUUGAAACCCAGUUCCUGCUAUGUCAAGGCAUGUGAUUAUAGUAAUUAAGUGUGAAUAUUUGCCUGAAUAAAUUUAAGUUAAUGCCUUCCUUUAA